GAGCUGUCACUCCUCUAUGGUCCUGAUUAGCUGGGAGAUAGAACAUACACCUGUCUUUGUAGAAGCUCUCUCACACCCACCAAUCCUCUCUUCAUUAGCAGUCUCUGGUGUCUGGGGGAUGGAAGGAUACGAACUGGCCGAGAGCUAAGAGAGGAGGGGGAGGCUGACACAGGAGCGCCAUGCUCGGGCCUUGGGCUGCUUCUUGCUGCCAGCCACAGCCAGCACUACUAUCUUGUGUAUGGGAUGUCAGGCUCCCAGCCACCGGUCAGGACACUAUGAGAUUUGCAGCAUUGUUCCUCCAUUAGGGGUUAGGCUCAGUGAAUUGCGACUCGCUCUUGGAAGUUGGAAGGCAUCUCCUCUCCGGGCAGCAUGAUCUAUCCCUUCCCAGCAUCACAUCACCCGGUCCUGGGUAUCAGGCCUGUCAUCUCCUGCCUCAGCAUCCUGUCUCUGCUACUAUAUUUUGAUAGCGGGACCUGCAGAAGGGCGUCCCCCGGCUCCCCUGCCCCACAGCUGACAGAUCUGAGAUCGCAGAUUACCGGGGUGGAGGAGCUGCUGGAAGAAUUCCGCAAACAGCUACAGCAGCAGCGACAGCAGCAGGAGCCGCAGAACAGAGAGCACACACUGCCUGCGCAGCAGGAUCGAUGGCAGGGCUCGCACAGGCAGCAGCACGGGGAUGAAAGGGAUGCUCAGCAAGAUGCAGGGGUGGAGGAGGAGGAAACCAUGCAGAAAGAGCUGCAAGAAGUGGGUGUUCGUCCUGCGGGGGAUGUGGGGGAGGACCUGUGUAACUUUAACCAGAUGGAGGACUAUAUCAUCCGCACUAAGGACUCACUGGAGGCCGGUGCCACCUUCCUGAAGGCGCCGACCGAGGUGUACAGCAUGAAGCAGUGCCUGGAGGCGUGCUGCUCGCAGCCCGGAUGCUCUGCGGCUGUGGUGGAGACAUCAAGCCGGGGUCUCAGCUGCUUCCUGUUCGCCUGUGCUUCACGGGGGCGCAGCGUCUGCCAGUUCUCCCCGCACAGAGACUACAACAGCUACACUCUGGCCGAUCGCAAUGCCUCCUCCGGAUGGGCAGCCCUGCGCACCGUCACCGAGACUGACAAGCCACCCCACAGCAAUGCGGGGCAAGAUGUGGUACUACAGCUGCCUGAUGACUGGGUAAUCUUGGAUGGACGUGAAAGUAAUGAUGACCAUGGCAUUAUUCUUUAUGAAUGGACUCUGCUUCGUGGAGACAGAUUUGUUGAUAUGAAGGUUCCUCAGCCAGGUACUUUGAAGCUGUCUCAUUUGCAAGAAGGAUUUUACUCUCUGCAACUGACUGUGACUGACACAUCUGGUCAGAUAGACUCAGACAAUAUCUCUGUCAAUGUCCUCCCUGCAGAACAUCACAAGUCAGCUUCCUCAGCUUGUACUGGUGAUUGCACCCGCUACCAGUUUAUCUGUGAUGACGGCUGUUGCAUAGAUAUUACUUUGGCUUGUGAUGGUAUACGACAGUGUCCGGAUGGCUCUGAUGAAGCUUUCUGCCAGAACCUCAACUCUGGCCGGAAGACUGUGGUUCACAUCUCUGAGAACACUGAUAAUCGAGCAAAUGAAGGACGUGUAAUUGACACAAAACAGAACUCUGGAUUGGAAAAAUCCAAGCUUAUGGGCCAAAAUACAUUCGAAUCCACAAAUGCGGAAAAGGAUCUGACGCUUCCUCAGGAAUUAACUGACAAUAGUAUUUUCAAUAAAGGAUCCAUGGAACGACGCACAACAUUGGAUCCCAGAGGAGAUCACGAAAAAGCACCUGGCACUGUUUCAUCAAAACUUGUCAAAGAUGCAGAAGAUUUCUUCAUCUUUAAACAUAUUCCAAAGGGAAAUGGACACCUUGCACCAGCAACAGGAGCUGUCUUGCCACUUGCCCUUGGUUUGGCAAUCACCGCACUGAUGCUGUUGAUGAUAGUUUGCCGUCUCCAGUUUGUGAAACAGAAGAUGAAGAAAGCUCAUCUGUUAGCUUCAGAAGAGUCAGACUAUCUCAUUAAUGGCAUGUACAUGUAGCAGUAUAUGAAGCAACAACCCUGCGUUCUUUUCCAGAACUUCCUUGUAUAUUACUGUACAUUCUUAACAGUGAUUAUUAAAUGUAUCCCCUCCUCCCCU